AUGGAUUAUCAAAGCAGGCAGUUGGCAGAAGAUUUCUUCUUAAGAGAACCAGUUGAUGCUAGGAUCCGUAAAGUUAAAAAUGAUCCUGAACCAGAUCCUCACCCAAAUCUCAAAGUGGAAAUGCAGACUAUCCGUCUCAAUCCAGAUUCACAGAAGAUUGUUUUGGACACACUGAGAUUUAUACAUGGUCCAAAUUUUAAACUAGGCAGUGCUAGUUUGUACAAAGAUAAGGGAUCAAAUCUCGGGAACCGUUACUGGAUGGAGCGAGGUAACCUUGUUGUGCAAGGUGGAUGUGACUAUUCUCUGUCUUCAAAACCUGAUAUAGAGACAUCAGAGGCUAGGCUAAGAGCGUUUGCUCUUGCUAAACUAGAGAAAUAUAGUUUUCACAAAGCUCACUGUGCGGAAGCAUUAGAUGUUGCGGCAGAAAACAUAGACAAAGCUCUAGAAAUACUGUUCCUAAAGUACUUUAAUAUUGAUUUACAAGAUAAACCAACUGAGGUUCCUACGAAACAGGAGCUUUUAGAAAUGAGAUUGGACGAGAAAGCUGUACUGGAAUCAAUAUAUGACAGCAGCUUCAAAAUCAAAGACAAUAAUGUAUGGAUAGUGAAAUUGAAUCUAGACUAUCUUACUAAAAUGUAUAAAAUCAAAGAAGUAGAGGUUCCUAAAAAGAAGGUAAACACGAACUAUAACAGUAAUUUCAAAACAAAACCGAAAGAAGUGUGCAAAUUAUACCUCAAAGGUCCCUGUAGAUUUGGGGCAAAAUGCAAAUUUUUACAUGAAAGCAAAGAGGAAAACAGUGUGCCAGAUCAUUCAGAACCUAAAGAGACCACGAAAGUUACCUAUGAAUUAGAAAUAAGGUUCCCUGAAGACACUGUGUACCCAUACCAAGCCCCUUUAUUGUUCUUUAAACCAGAACAGAAGACCAAUAUAAUUCCAGAGCUUACAUUUUUAAAGGUUACCACCAGAUUAUUAGACGAAGCUAAAAUAUUAGCACAGGAUGGUAUACCAAGUAUAUACUCAUUAGUGGAAUUACUCAACAAUGAGGAUGAUAUUAUUAAUUUUAUUCAAUUUGAUACUAGGGAAUAUCCCAGUCACACAGAUGCUCUGUUCCCACAGUUAAUAGAGAAUUCUAGUUUAAGUAAAAAAGAAUUGCCAUCGCAUUAUAAGAAAGGCGACAGUAAGAAUGAUAGGUCUAAUGUUAAUUUUGAUGAGCUACUAAAGGAGAAUAAGGAAAUAGCUAAGAGAUGGUUAGAAAAGCGAGAUAACGAUAGAUAUAAUAGGAUGAUGGCAGGGAGGAGAAAGUUACCUGCAUGGCAGAAGAAAAAUGAAAUAUUAAAUACUAUAAAGAAGUCUCAGGUUGUUGUGAUUAGUGGGGAAACAGGUUGUGGUAAAAGUACUCAGGUACCGCAAUAUAUUCUAGACAACUGGCUUGAAAACUUUAAUAAGGAUGGAGCAAAACAUGUUGAGAUUAUAUGUACACAACCUAGGAGAAUAUCAGCUAUUGGUGUAGCUGAUAGAGUGGCUGAAGAAAGAGUAGAAAAGACUGGACAAGUUGUUGGUUACCAGAUAAGACUGGAAAGCAAAAUUUCGUCCAAAACACGCCUAACAUUUUGCACGACUGGUAUCUUACUCCGGAGACUGGAAUAUGACCCUCAACUCAAAUCCGUUACUCAUAUAUUAGUAGACGAAGUGCAUGAGAGGUCAGAGGAGAGUGAUUUCCUUUUGCUCAUCCUAAGGGACCUUGUCAAAGUAAGAAAAGAUUUGACUGUUAUAUUGAUGAGUGCAACUUUGAAUGCUGAUCUGUUUUCAGUAUACUUUGACAAAAUUCCUGUAUUAGAAAUACCAGGUAGAACCUUCCCUGUAGAACAACUGUUUCUGGAAGAUAUAAUGGACAUUACUAAUUAUGUGUUAGAAGAAAAUGGACCUUACGGAAGGAAAUUAAAAAAGGGCGAAAAGAAACAGGACUUAGAAACAGAACUGGAAACGUCUGAUCUUCGUGCGGAUUCUAAUAAACCGCCGAAGAUAACCAUUCAUGACGAAAACCUCAACAUUGCACAAAUAGUUGCCAGGUACCCGCAGUGUAGUAAAACGACAUGCAAAAACAUGUACCUUAUGGAUACUGAAAAGAUAAACUUAGAACUAGUGGAACAUGUUCUCACAUACAUAGUGGAGGGUGAUCACAACUGGCCGAGAGAGGGUGCCGUGCUAAUAUUCUUGCCGGGUAUCGCAGAAAUCAUGUCACUCCAUGAUCAACUUGCUGAAAGUCAUACUUUCAGUCCAAAAACCGGCAAGUACGUUCUCGUGCCACUCCACUCGACACUGUCCAGUGAGGAGCAGGCCCUAGUUUUCAAGAAGCCCAGGCACGGUGCGCGGAAGAUUGUCCUUUCUACAAACAUAGCCGAGACGUCCGUCACUAUUGAUGAUUGUGUGUUUGUUAUUGACUGCGGCCGGAUGAAGGAGAAAAGAUUCGACUCCAACCGCAACAUGGAAUCGUUGGACCUGGUGUGGUGCUCUCGCGCCAACGCUAAACAACGCAAAGGUCGCGCGGGCCGAGUGAUGCCGGGCGUCUGCGUGCAUCUGUUCACCUCGCACCGCUACAACCACAACAUACUGGACCAGCCCAUCCCGGAGAUACACAGGGUGCCGCUGGAACAGCUCGUCUUGAAGAUCAAGAUCCUACCGCUGUUUCAAGAUAUGAGUAUUCACGAGGUUUUAGGCAAAACGAUAGAGCCGCCGACGGUGCAGAACAUAGAGGGCGCGCUGUCCCGGCUGCAGGACGUGGGCGCGGUGGACAAGGCGCAGGCGCUCACGGCGCUGGGGCGACACCUGGCGGCGCUGCCCGUGGACGUGCGCAUCGGCAAGCUCAUCCUGUUCGGCGCCAUCUUCUGCUGCGUGGACUCCGCGCUCACCAUGGCCGCCUUCCUCAGCCACAAGAGCCCCUUCGUCGCGCCGUUCGGCAAGAAGGCUGAAGCAGAUGCAAAACGAAGAGAAUUUGCGUGUUUUAAUAGCGAUCAACUUACAACCUUAAGAGCUUACAGGAAAUGGCAACAAGCGAUGAAAACCAGUACACACGCUGCCCUGGUGUUCGCCAACGAGCACUUCCUCUCACACAAGACGUUACUCAUGUUGGCCGACAUUAAACAUCAGCUGUUGGGGCUGCUAGCGUCCAUAGGGUUUGUGCCCGAUAUGCCAGCGCUGAGGAAAAAAAUGAGGAAAGAUUCUGUUGCCAGUUUUACCGGAGAGGAGCUAAACACUAACGGGAACAACGAUAGGUUGUUGGCGGCUAUAUUAUGUGCAGCGUUAUAUCCUAAUGUUGUUAAAGUUUUAACCCCAGAGAAAUCGUUUCACAUGCAAGCUGGGGGCGCUAUCCCUCGACAACCCACACCCGACGAGCUUAAGUUCAAAACAAAAACCGAUGGAUAUGUUGCCUUGCACCCGUCUUCUGUUAACUCCAAUAUUGGCUACUUCAACAGUCCGUAUCUCGUGUACCAAGAAAAGGUGAAAACUAGCCGAGUGUUCAUCAGGGAGUGUUCUAUGGUCCCACAGCUUCCACUUGUGUUAUUUUCUGGCUGCAGUUUGUCCGUUGAGCUGCACAACGGUACAUUCAUAGUGUCUUUAGAAGAUGGUUGGAUCAUGUUUCAAGUGGAGAAACACGAAGUUGCAGAAAUGUUAAAAACAAUCAGAAUAGAGCUUAUAAACUUAUUAGAAGAGAAAAUCAAUGAUCCGUCGUUGAAUUUGUUACAUUACGAGAAGGGUAAUCGAAUUAUAAAGACUAUAGUUCAAAUUGUAACUAAAGAUUAA